AGCACAGCUGUUGGUGGCGUGAUAAUAAAUAAUUUUUGAGUAUUGUAUUCAUUUUAAGUUGAUUCAAUGAGUGUCUGGACGAAGGGAAACUGGGCACCAAUUAUAUCUAACGACCCCUUAAUUGAAGGGUUAGGUGCAUUUAGAUUGUUAGUGCUCAUUCAAUUUCAUAGUGUUUGAGGCUUUUAAAUGAAGUAAAUAAAAAGAUUGUGUGUGUAGUCCUUCAUUUUUCCCAUUCUCUUUCCCCAGGAUAUUAAACAUCUCCUCCGUAGGACGGAGGUGAAGUUUCAGAAACCAGAAGAGGUUUACGUUAGCCUGCAGGCUGGAGAAUAUAUGGGCCCUCUCCAGUACAAAGUGUGGAAGAAGAUGAAAAGCAUCCUUCAUCCAGUCGCCUCUCCAGUGACUCUGGAUCAAGAUACCGCACACCCCCAGCUCAUUGUAUCAGAUUCUCUGACCAGUGUCAGGGUAGGAGACACCAUCCAAGCUCUCCCAGACAACCCAGAAAGGUUUACCAAGUAUCUCAUUGUCUUGGGCUCCGAGGGUUUCGUGUCUGGGAGACACUACUGGGAGGUGGAAGUGGGUGACAAGAUCGAGUGGGAGCUGGGUGUCGCCAGAAAGUCUGUCAAAAGGAAGGGGGAGAUUACAGCCUCCCCAGGGAACGGAUUCUGGCGCUUGAUUCUGAGGAAUGACAAUCAGUACCAGGCUUGUACCUCGCCCCCUAUACGCUUAUCUAUUAAAGUCAAGCCCAGGAAGAUUGGAGUGUUCCUAGACUAUGAAGGCGGGCAGGUGUCGUUUUACAAUGCAGAUGACAUGGUCCAUCUCUACACUUUCACGGACACUUUCUCUAAAGAAAUCUACCCUUACUUCUAUCCUGGUGACAACGAAGGAGGUAAAAAUAAGGAGCUCAUGAAAAUCUUUACCCCUCAGUUAUAAACUGUAGGGCCGGUGUCCCUCAUGGAUUUUGUUCCAACUGUACACUAAAUUGCUUAAUUGGAUCAAUUAACCUUCUAAUAAGUGCCUGAUUGGUCCAAUUAAGUAAUUUAGGGGACAGUUGGAACAAAAACCAGGAGGACACCGGCCCUCCAGGACAAGGAUUGGGCACCCCUGCUCUAUACUGUAAAGGCAAAUUAAAAUUUGUAGUCGAAAUUGCAUUUAAACAUGAUAUCUGAAAAAUGAAACAUGUAUACAGUAUAUACACAUGAUCACAUUGUAAGGUUUUCACUAAUAUAUUAACAUGGAGGAAAUUCUGCUGCUAUUUAGCUACUGGGAGAACUGACUGGUUCUCUGGAAUAAAUAGUCCAGUUUAACAUAUUUUGUUUUUUGUCUCAAAUUCAUAUGGAAAAGAUGCAGUACAAUUAGAAGUACGAUACACAGUAAUAAUACUAAAAUAACAUGGACCGAGCAGUCAUACAAUCACCCUCGCGUUCAGGCCCCUUUAUUACCAGUAAUUAACAUUAAACAUGGUAUAUACUGUACACAAGAUUGCAAUAACAUAUAAGCAGAUCAUUCUAUAGUUAAUAUUAUAGUACAGAACAAAGGAAAUAUUUAAUGUCCCUGGUGCGCCUUUGGCAAGUCUGGUGCUGUCUGCGUUCCUUGAUAUCAGGACCUCCUUGAGCCAGACACCUGCCGCCCUUAAAACAUUCCUGUGUGCAGUCAGCCUUAGAGCUCACCUGUAAAUCCUGUUCUUAUCUCAGUACCCAGCACAAUUGUCUACAUGUACAUGUAUGGUAUUUCGACUUAUCUGCAAGUUCCAGUAGAACAAGAACCCUAUCUUCAGAUAAGCACACCUCCCACCAAACUGUGACCCACACAAAGACAGCUACACAAUGGAACAGGUUACAAAACUGCCAACUGUAGAAAUAUCCGUUCAAACACAGACACACAUCCUGUUACAAAAAUAAUUACUCCUACACUGUGUUUCUGACAACCUUGAACUUGGUCAAACAGAAGAACAGAGGCAGAUCAGCACAAACACUGUCAGACUAAAACACACUCAACAAAUAAUAAAGUGAAAAAUCAA